AUGGCUAUUCUGACCGACCGAUUCCCAGCCGAGCUGGUUUACAAGAUAAUCGACGAAACGGCCAGCAUUGGACGCCAAAAGACUUCAUCGUCAAAGGAGGGUCUCCCUUCCAAUACGUUGGUCUCACUAUCAUUGGUCAGCCGCAUCUUUCGACAGUGUGCCCAGGAGCGGCUCUUCAGGGACGUGAUACUAGACAGCCCAUGGAAGGCCUAUCUAUUCAUAUCAGUACUCACUAGCUCUAGAGCCGAGUGUCAAGCUCAGGAGGUUUAUGGCGAAAUCGAUUCUCCUUGUUUGAACAAACUGGCUCAACACGUUCGCUCAUUGCAAUUCAGGUGGCCGGGCCACCCGAUCUGUACGAUGGGCAGGGGUGGCGGUUCUGCGAUCUGCGAGAUUAUUCGAGCUUGUCCGCUGCUUGAAAGUAUCUCCAUCGAAGCCACCUUCUUCAGGCGCUGCAAGCAACCAAUCAUCGAAGCUUUAGCCAGUCGAAAGUUCAUCAAGGAAUUCGCUCUUCUCCAGAACCCCACCGACGGAGUCAAUAUCGUCUUUCAGUGGACGCUCGAUGACGUGGUCGCUCAGUUAUUCUCUAAGUGGGACAUGCUCGAGGCCCUUGAGCUCGAAGAACUCUCCAGCCAGCCAGUCGAUAUGAUCGAGAGCAUCCCAAAACCGAUACCCGUCUUCAACUGCGCUCUGCGAAAGCUCAAGCUACGCAAGCCCAACCUCGACGAGAGUGAACUCUACUUGCUUUUGAAGAGUUCUCGAGAGACCAUUCGCAAACUGUGGAUCGACAAUCCAAGUUCGAAAAUCCAGAGGCCCGGGCUUUUCCGGAUCCUAAAAGAGUGCAUUGGCCCAGAUCUGGAAUCUUUGUCGAUCUUUGUCACACCAGAUUGGCAUCAUUUGUAUCUUCAACGUAACGCAGAUCUCGAGGACCCAGCGCAAAACCCUUCGAUGCUCGACAUCCUCUUCAAAUCUUCCUUCAGGAAGAUCAAGUUUCUGAGGAUUCGGGGUCCAUUAGCUAGCAGUAAAUUACUUGAACUCUUGCCUGAAACUAUUGUUGACCUUCGAUGGGGUCAGUGCGACUAUGGCGCUGCAUGCUUUGCUGCAAAACUCUUCACCUGGCGAAACAAUAAGGACAACUUAUCCCCUCCACCUGGGCCACCUCCAGGCUUCGAAGAUCGUGGACCGUGGCUGCCCAAUUUAGAGAAAUUUCACAUUAGCGAUGCUAUGUUUAUGUACAAAGUGUCCAAUAUUUGAAGGCAUACAAGACGCUAAAAUUACCACUGCCAGAUCAACCAGGGAAUUGACAUCAAAGGUUGUGUUUUUGAUAAUUGAAUAUUAAUGCAUUUAAUUACCCGGCUACGGAUGUGAGCUAGCGA